AUGCUGGGGGAUUUCAUCAAUAGAAUCCUUAUUCUCAUUCUGGGGUAUGCAUACCCUGGAUUCGAAUGCUAUAAAACUGUGGAGAAAAAUAGGGUAGACAUUGAAGAACUUCGCUUCUGGUGUAAAUAUUGGAUCAUUGUGGCACUUUUGACUGUAAUGGAAAAGUUUACAGAUAUAUUUAUUGGAUGGCUGCCAAUGUAUGGAGAGAUGAAGCUGGUGCUCUUUGUCUACUUGUGGUAUCCCAAAACUAAAGGGAGUGGUUACAUUUAUGAGACAAUUUUGAGGCCAUAUGUGUCAAAGCAUGAAACUGAGAUUGACAGGAAAUUGAUGGAGUGGAAGGCAAGAGGAUGGGAUUGUGUGAUAUUUUACUGGCAAUAUUGUGCCAAAUUUGGGCAAACUGCAUUUGUGCAGGUUCUUCAGCAAUUGGCUUCUCAGUCUGGAAAAUUUUCAUCAAACCCCAACGCAGAGGUAAAGUCUCGAGAUGAUUGA